AUGGACAAACACUUCUUGAUAGUCUCCUUCCUUUUCUGCUUCAUUGUAGCAGUGACACCUCUGAAGUGCGUAACGUGCCACCUUCGCACACGGACAGAUCGCUGUAGAAGAGGCUUUGGUUCCUGUAUUGCUCAGACGUUUGAGUCGUGCAUGUCUUUAAAGAUCUUCCAGGAUAACAUUCUGCAGUUAUCAUAUAUGGUGUGUCAGAAAUUCUGCAGAGACUUGACAUUUGAUUUCCAUAAUCGGACUUACGUUCAUAAAUGUUGCAGAUACAAUUAUUGUAACAUCGAAAUCUAA